AUGCUUUGUUAUUAUUGUUGGUACGAUUACUUUGCGCAUGUGAACUACAAUUACGAAAAUAAUGACAUUGAUUUUGGUGCGGAUGUUCAUUGGAAGGCGAGCGUUGUAGAUGCUGUUGGGGAACCGAUUCCGACAUCGGCGGUGCUAAUGUCGACAUUGAAGCACAUCGCCGGUAGAUGCAGAGGCGAAACUCUAGCCUUCCUCAAAUGCAAGAAGUAUGAUCCCAAUCCUGAGAAAUGUCUCGACAAAGGCAGCCAAGUUACCCGUUACGUCAUGUCCCUUUGUUACAAGUGUAUCACUACAAAUUACUUGGCAAUGAAUUUCUGA